AUAGAAACUUGUUGCUCCGUACAUCAAUAACUACUGCAUUCAAAAGUAUUAACACUUUGAAACUUCUAUCCAUGGAUGCCUGUGCAGCAGCAGCUGCGCGCCUCUGCUAGCAAUCUCAGCGUUGCAGCCUACCGCAGUAGCCUAGCAGUUCACCUCCUCCUUUCAAUUUUCAUUUUUUCUCUAUAAAAAAAUUUUGUAAAAUCCAAAAACCCAAUUUUCAUUUGCAUGGCACUGUCCCUUUCGUUUCUGUACUCAGAUUGUGAAUUUUGGUGUUUAGAGUAAGAACUUAGACGACGAUGACGGGGUCUAACAACGGCUGGGAUGCUGAAGAGAUUUUUCAGAAGUAUUUGUACGAUUAUAUGGUGAAGAAGAACAUGCACAGGACUGCUGAGGUGUUCGCGAAAGAGGCAAAUGCUGAUGUUUGUUCAGUUGAUAGCUAUUCGGUGCUUGUUUUUGGCGCGGAGAGAGCCACAAAAGCAAUAGAUUCUCCUCAAGGUUUUUUAGCUGAAUGGUGGUCAAUCUUUCAUGAUGUGUAUUCUUAUAUGCAACCUCAACAUGUACAAGCUACUGAGACAGUAUCAAACAAGGGCAAACAAGUAACUGGAACCUCUUCACAAAGUCCGUGUUCAGAGACAUCAAAGUUUGUGGUUAAUCCACAAAGCUCUGUGCAGUUCCCAAUUGGUAGUCAUUGUGAUAACAUGUUAACACAUGUGUCUCCGAAGACCUGUGAAGGGGUAAAUCAUAAGCGCGUCACCAGAAAAUUUGAUACAGAUUCACAGACCAGUACUGAAACCCGGAGUAGCUCUAAGAUAGCUGGAAGCAGUCCGAGUAAACCUCAGCGAAAUCCCCGUAAGCAGGUCCAACAGCGGCAAGAUAAGAAACGUGCUGCUACCCAUGGAACCACACCCAUCAUCUCAUCAAUACAUGCAGAGCCAACAUCAAUAGGAUCGGAGAGUGCGCUCAACUCUGAACCACUGAAUGGAUGGCCGCUGAUUGGCGCUAAUCAGGUUUCUCCUCGUCUCGGGCAUCAGGUGUUGAAUUCAUAUCUGCAGUCUGCCAACAACCAGACACAGGUUGACAUGCCCAUAUCUCAGUUUGUGGCAAGUACAUCAGCAAAAACACUUCCAUCUUUUCCGCUGACUUCUGACUUGGAUAUGCUUCUGAGAAACAGGAUAGACAAGAAAAAUGGCCUGAAUGGCCGAGAUGAAGAAGAUAGGGGCUUAAAUGAAAGUAUUGAAAUGUUCUUUUCACAAUAUGAUGACCGUGCUGAUUGCACUAAUGGUCCAUCCACUACCCAACAAUCGUCUGUAUCUUAUGAAAAAAAUGGACACACAGGCUUUUCUUUAGUGGAAGUUGGAAGUCUUCAUGCAAGUAAAGGAAAAUUAUUCUCUUGCAAUUUUUCUCCUAAUGGAAAGUUGCUUGCUUGUGCUGGAUAUGACAAGAAGGCUUUGAUCUGGAAUAUGGAUACUUUAGGAUACAUCAGUUCUUUGGAAACCCAUGCUCAUUUAAUCACUGAUAUUCGGUUUCAUCCAAGCUCAGAGUUUUUUGCUACUUCUUCUUUUGACAAAACGGUGCAAAUAUGGGAUACAACUGGACCAAGCAAGUCAUUAUUUGCAUUAUCUGGGCAUAGUGAUCAUGUGAUGUCACUGGAUUUUCACCCAAGAAGGACGGACCUUUUGUGCUCAAGUGACAGCAAUGAUGAGAUUCGGUUAUGGGAUAUCAAGGCAUAUGCUUGUUUGCGUGUCUCCAAGCAUCUGUCUUUGCUGCUCCAUGCCUCCAUUACUACUAAUACCCCCCUGGAAUGUUUUUCACUGUGGGUUUCUGAAGCAGCCUUUUCUGGUACUCCGAUUGGCAAGGGCCAAAUUUUGGUAUAUCUUACCGUCCUCUGCAUUGAAUGUUUCGACAUGCUGCCCGCCACCUUUUUUAAACGAGUAUUAGAGAAUAGUAAUAUUUAUUUUAUACCUAUGUUGUAUUCAUCUUUCCUCUACACUCACACAUAUAUGUCUAUUCCUACGAACAAAUAUAAAUUGACUGCAAUCUGAUCAGUUAGGCACAUAUUUACAAAUUUUUAUCUCGUGGUGAUUUAAAAUCUUUAUAGUGCCAUUAGUCGGUUAUGGGUAUCUUGAGGAAUAAGUAGGGAAGUUAUUCAGAGGAUAUAGAGGAAAAAGAGAAUCAAAUCCUCCAUAUAGUAAAUUAAGGAGAUUAGAAAGAGAGAAAUCAUGUUGAAUAUUGUCGAGAGUUUACUUGAGUAUUAUUUUGUGUUUUGGGAGAGAACAAACCUCUUGAUUGCUUGUGUUUAAAUUUUAUUUUCUGUAACCCUAGUUUGUCAGUUCAUCUUCUUUAUUUUCUUCCUUCUUUUAAUUUUGUCCAAUCUAUGUCAGUUUAUAGCCAGUUGGUAUCCAUUUGUACAAAGUAACAUAAAUGAUGAUUACGACGAUUAAGAUACAAAUAGAUCGAUUAAGAUCACAAGCUUUCAGAUGGGAUAAAGUUUAUGACAACAGAGCGAUUUCCUUCAAUAUUGCAUAAAGAUCCAAUAAUUCCUUAAAUACGUUACUUUCUAAGUUAUUUCCCACCAUACCGUCCACGUAAGCAAGGGAGAAAGAGAAGUAAUUUUUUUUUCCGGUUCAGCAUCGAACCGCCAUAUGAGAUAGCGGUUUCGCUUUAAAGCAAACCGCCAUCUCAGAUGGCGGUUCAAUGUUAUAAACCGCUAUCUCAGAUAGCGGUUUGCGUUAAAACAAAACCGCUAUCUCAGAUGGCUGUUUGCUUAGUUGUAAAUUAUUUUUAACAUGAAUUACAGUUUAAAUAGAAAUAUAACUUAGAAGUAACCUCUUGUGACAUCAAUUGCGUCUGUAGCUCAGUGGAUAGCGUGUUGUUUCUAAGUAGAAGGUCGUGGGUUCGACCCCUACCUAAAGCGCUUAUUUAUUUUUUACCAUUUCUUAAUAUUAAUUAUAAAUAUUACCAAAUUUAAAUUAUCAACAUUAGUGUCUGUAGCUCAGUGGAUAGAGCGUGUUGUUUCUAAGCAGAAGGUCAUGGGUUCGACCCCUACCUGACGCGCUUUUUUUUUUUUUUAAACCAAUUAUAAACCGCUAUCUCAUAUAAACCGCUAUCUCAGAUAGCGGUUUACUUAAGUCAACCGCUACCUGAGAUAGCGGUUUAGUGCCGCUUCAUUAAAAAAAAAAGACCGGUUUUAAUGCUGACGUGGACGGUAUGGUGGGAAUUAAGUUAAAAAGUGGCGCAUUUUGGGAAUUUGACGUUCUUUAAACAAUAUUGAAGGAAAUCGCUCUAUGACAACAGGGAGAAUCAUUGGGAUUUUCAUCAUAAAUUUAACUGUAGAAAUUUUAAGUUGAUUUAGGAAAGUACUCCUUUUGUAACUAGUGGUUGAGAGUUUUCUUGUAUAUCAGGUUUUGAGAUUUCUUAGAUCUAAUCGAACUAGGAAUUGUUGGAAAUUAUGGAUUUGGAAUAUUGUUAUGUGAGAGGUAUGUAUGUCUCAAAUACUACCCAAACCUUGGUUAGGGUGAAAUGUUGAGAAAAUAUAUAUCUGAGCUUGAAUUGAGGGUUCCUCAAACUUAUAUAAUUUACGAAGUUGGGUUUAUCGGAAGGGAUAUAUUUAGUAAGUAGCAAGCCCGAGUGGUACAAUCUUCUAUUACUAAAUGUUAUAAUAUUUUAGCGAAUACCAUCAUAAAUCAUUUAUGUCGAGUGGUACAAUCUCGUAUAAUUAAAUGUUAAUAGUAUCUUAGUGAGUACUAUCAUAACUCAUCUUUGUCAGAAGAUUAUUGCGUAGCCACUGCAGUUGAAGGGUAAGACUGUUGUUCUUUCUUGUCCAUUCUGAUGGAGCCAAGAUUCAUUUGUUCUUUUGGCUUUGGGAUAUAAUGGACUAAAACAAAAUGGCUGUCAAAACCUCUUUGCUUCCUUUCCAUGAAAUAUAAGAUGGUCGUCCCGUUAUCGCUUAUGGUCAAUUGGAAGCAGCAUCUCUGCAAUUGCAGGUCUCUGCAAUUGCAGGGGUAAGAUUGCGCACGUCCAAUCUCCCCUUAGUCCCUUACCAUACUUGUUACGGGAGCCUCUCUGAAGGCAAUGGGAUAACGAUAAUGAAUAUACGGUUGUUCUUUCUGCAAUUUGAAUAAGCUCUUCAAUCCAUGUUUUAGCAAUAUGCAUAUCUAGUAUUUGGUAUUAUGGUUGGUUUAGGAUGUCUGAUUGUCAUUGUCACAAUGCAGGUACCAACUCCAUUGGCAUAGAUGCUUAACUUCUUU